CAAUAAUAACAUCACCCAAUCUCGCAGAAGGUCGCCAACGCCCGGAGUUUAAGACACCAGAUGUAAACAAACAUGGCAGACCUUCUCGUCAAGAAAUUGACAGCUGAGGAUUUCAAUGCUGAGAGAUAUGUCCAAGACCUCAGCCAGAGUAGUGUUGGAGGGCUGGAACUCCAGCAACAGAGGCAAAGGAUCCAGCACUUGGCAGAAGAGACUAAUGCCCAGUUGAAGAAAAAUGUGUACAUGAACUACAUGCAGUUCAUAGACACGGCUAAAGAAAUUUCUUAUUUAGAGAGUGAGAUGUAUCAGCUAUCACACCUUAUCACUGAGCAGAAAUCUCUCUUAACAUCUUUACUGGAACUCUCGAUCACUGGUGAGCGUGGCCCAGGAUGUGCAGCACAGGAAAUGAUAGAAGUUGAUCCCCAGGAGUUGAAAGAGAAGCGCGAAAAGGAAAACCGUAAAAAGUUGACAGGGUUAUUGGAAAAAAUAGAAGGAUGUUCACAUGUCAUGGAAGUGGAAGAUCGCUAUCUGAUAUUUGAUGGGGACUUAGUUGAACUGAACCAGGAUGAUUACACUGCUAUGCAGCGAGUUCAUGCCUACCUCCUCAACGACUCCUUGAUGAUUGCAGCAUGGCUGAGUGACAGACGUGGCCCCGUGCGGUACAGGUUUGAGGUUCUCUAUCCUUUAGACCAAGUCCUUCCUGUUAAUAUCAAAGAUCGUGGAACAACGAAGAAUGCUUUCAAGGUCCUCAUCUUUCCUGAUACGAGAGUUUUCAUGGCUCCAACUGCAAAGAUCAAGCAAGACUGGCUUGAUGAGAUAGAGCGUGCCAAAGCCAACAAAGUAGCUGUUGACAAACUCAAGGCUGAAAGAGCUCAGAUGCAACAGAAAGAACGACAACUCUCACUAAGCAAAGAAGACUCUCUAGAUAGUAACAAUCCCUUUUCUGAAGAUAGCGAUAGCCUUAAUCCCUUCCAAGAACCUCCUCCUCCAUCCAUGGGUCCUCCAGAAUGGGUUUUAGAAUUACCAGAGGAACUAGAUCAAGCAAUAGCACAACGGAACUUUGAGGAUGCUGUUAGCCUGAUUGACAGCGGCCGAGAAUAUUUUGACUCUGCUCCAAAAACUCCGGUGUACAAUGAAAUGAGACGUGCGCUUGAAGGGCGAGUAAGAAGCUUGGUUGACGUCUUGCAAGCGGAAUUGCAAGUAACUCCAGAGAAGAGUCUUCAGGGUGGCCCACGAGCUGCAAGACGAGCUACUACUUUGCUUGUGCAUCUCAACAAGUCUAGUCAGGCAUGUGGCCUAUUCUUGGGACAUCGAGGUGCUAUCCUGAAGGCUGGUCUGAAGAGACUGAGGCUCGAAGGCAAGACUGUACUUUAUGUUCGUCAGCUGUGCUCUAUCUUUUUCCACAAUCUCUUGGAAACUGGACGGGAAUUCAAUAAAGCCUUCCCUGCUAAUCGAAGUUGCACCUCAGCAUUUGUAGUUUGGGCUCACGGAGAGGUGAACAACUUCGCUUCAAUGUUCUCCAGGCAUGUUUUCACAACGCAGUCUUCGCUCACCACUGUCGCCGAAUGCAUUAGCCAGGCUGAUCAUCAUUGCCAACAGUUAGCCGACAUUGGACUAGACCUCACGUUUUCUCUCCAUACACUCUUGUUACGCGAUGUGGAGAGGUGGAUUCGUGAUGGGCGCGAUAAAAUGAUAGAGGCAGUGAAGUUAAGAGGGCAGGAGGAUACUUGGAAGACGCUCAAGUACGACAGCAAAGAUUUGUUGAACAAGUUCAUUGAAGACAUGAAUGACAUCGGUAUAGCUAAUGUACGGUCAUAUGUAACAGACGAAUUAUGUAUUGGGCUCACCAACAACAGCAUUCAGUUCAGCCGUGCAUUUUUGGGUUACCUUGAGGAUGUACUACGUCUUUACUGGCCAGAGACUGAGCACUUAGUUGACGAAUCUCUCACGGCCAUAUUUUCUGCUCAACUUCGACACUGCAAGUCUUCCUUGGACGAGCCUCUCUUUAAGAAUGAGCUCACCACAAUCAGAAGGAACAGCGCAUUCCUCCUCGACGGCGUUUUGACUGUUGCCGAGCAUCGGUAUGCAGAAGCAAGAGGACACACCCAUCCAAGUCUCCCAAGUCUUCAUUCCAGCUAUCAGAACCUUACUGGUCAAGCAAUUAAUGCGCCAACCAUUAACAAAUAUGAAUCCAAGUUCAUAUGAUGACAUGUUACAGUACUAAUGUCUGCAGCUCAGUCGCUGCAGAGAGCCGCAAAUAGAGAGGAAUGGCGAGCCAUGAUUGCCGACGUCCUUGGGGAUAUGUGAUAUGGCACCUGGAUGAUGGUGACAGUAUACUUUCAUAGCAUAAGUGUUUUGGAAUACCAUUCUACAAUUACAGGAGUGAACACUAAUAAGGAGGACCUUAUUAAAAUGAAAAAUCUUUAUAAGGUGAUACAGUAUUGGAGACAAUUGUGUAGAAGAUUUAGAAAAGUAGAAGUGAUAUGAUAAGAAGUUUGUUGCUUUCUUGUGUCUACACAAAAAUACAAACAGUUGUUUACACUAUUAAACUGGCUUCUCUAAUGGUCUGAAGAGCCUACUAACCCUUAAACACUGACUGGAUGUAUUGUACAUCGACUAAAAUUGUCUGUUGGGUGCCAAGUAGAUGUACGGUACGUCGACUACAAAAAGUUUUUUUAAAUAUUCGCGGAAAAAUAGUUAUAGGCCUAGUUUGCGAAAAUUUUAAAUCACACCCCUUGAGGGAUGCUGGGAGUUCACAGAUCAUGCUGUUGUUUUGUUUACAAGCGUUACCCAGCCGCGCAUGCACGAAUUUUUCUUCUUGCACUACACGUUACGAAUUCAUGCAUCAUUUUGUGAUAUUUUCUCUGUGUUGCUUUGAUUGUUUUACAAUUUGUUAUAUACCAAUAUCAUCGCAAUUUAGUGUACAAUACAAAAAAAAGUAACUCAUUAGCUUUAACCAUGUUGCUCACAGCGCAAUUUUUAUACAAUUAUAUAUGAAUUUUUUUUUUUCGCGCUGUCAUAUAUUCCAUUAUUUAUAUAUGAUGAUAUUUUUUUCAUUUCUGAUGGUUGCCUACUAAACUUCAGGCAAUGACAGAAAAAGGAGCCAAAAAUGAACUCUUAAUCUUAUGAACUACGCAUGCCGUGAUUUUAAAAAAAUAAUAAUUCCGCUUCGGCGCUAACUCCCAAACGCCGCCGGCAUAUGACAGACACUUUUGUAAAUAGAGGCUCGGUGUUUAAGGGUUAAGUUCAUUGCUUACUGAGUACCUAUUACUGUACACAAGUGUCUUAGCUGGGACAUGGGUAAAAGUCUACCUUUCCCUUUCAGCUGGAAAUUAUUCAUGAGAAUACCUAGGGAUUUCUUUAAUUGCUUUCACAAUUUGUCUAAAUUAUUCUCUACUUUUAAUCUUCAAUUAUGUAUUGCUAUUUUACUGUAAUGUAAUGAAUUUCAGUACUGACAAAAAUUUUAACCUGAGGCAAUUAAUUAUCUAUUGACUUGGGGGGAGGGGGAUAUGUUAUCAAGAAUGAACAAAGAUUAACAUUUCCUAUCUUUCCAUUUGAUUUCUUCCUACCUAAAAAUUUUCAUUUUCAUUCAUCUGUUUUAGACUUCAACUUUUAAAAAAUUCUGCAAAGAUAAGGGAUUUAAAUUCUCUUUUAUUCUCUUGUAAACAAGUUACAUUUUAUCCUCCGUGCAAUGUAGAAAUGAACAAAACAGUGUCUUUGUCUUCGAGAACGUAGUCAAGUUCUCCAAGAAGCUCCC